AUGGCCACGACUGCGGGGCAGAAGCUGUUAUUGGUGGAUGGAAAGACGGGACAAGUUACCUUCGAGGCUAGUUGGAAAGCUGCACCGAACGCCACAUUCGGCCAGUCGGGGGACCCCCACGAGCCGUUCGUCUCGCUUGACCUGCUGCUCGAGCCCGGCAAGCAGCAGGCUAACGGAAAUGGAAAUGGGCUGCACCAUCACCACCACCAGGUCCAGCUGAACCUUGGACCUCGGACUCACGGAACCCAGGCCGCACCGGCCAAUGACGAGCGCCUCGUCGUAUCGACGCCCUAUGGCGAGAGUGUGGAAGCAACCCGCACUUCGGUCGGCUCAUCCGAGGCCCUCCAGUUCUUGGAAGACCUCCUCAAGGCCGCCCAGUCGACUCGCCGCGCCCAGCUGGCCAAGCUCAUCAUCCCCAGUACGGCCGGGUACAUCGCGCGGUCGGACAUCGUCUCGCUCCGCUUGAAAGACAGCGAGCACGUCGAGUCUGUCGCGACUUUUGCUGCACCUCGCCAGUACUUUGCUGGAGGCGAUGUCAUCGUCGAAGGGGCCGACGAAUGCUGUGGAUGGCUAAGCCAUCUGCUUCGUCGGUCGGCAGCGGGCAUCAUCCUCCGCGAUCAUGACGACACGGGCGUUAAAAUCAACCUGCAAAAGGCCUCCAUCGCUUUGGAUGCUCAACUCCACGACAGACUUUCCUUCCCCUGGCUCACCCGCAGCUUGCACCCUCGCAGGACACUCGCCAUCAUCGAGGCCGGCCGCUGUCACCCGCGCUAUGGCGGGACAGGGCCCUCUGUCUACGGCGCAGCCAAGGCGCUCGGCAUUGACAUUGUGGCCAUGGACAAUGUCGGCCACUGGAUGGAUGACCCCGAGUUCCGGGACUGGCGCAUGGCCUUUGUCCCGCUAGCCCUGCACGACCCCCCACAGGAAGACUUCGAGGACCGCAUCGUGGCGACAGUCCGGUCCUGCGGCAUCCCAAUCGACGGGCUGCUGACGCUGUGCGAAUCGUACAUGAACCCUGUUGCGCGCGCCUGCCAGAGACUCGGCUUUCCCACCGAGAACCCGGCUCCGUAUCUGAUUGCUACCAACAAGUACGAGACGAGCGUCUUUGAGGGCCACCAGGCGCACCUGGCCAACAGCGCUGAUGAGGCGGUUGCUAUUGCGUCUUCCAAUGACGGUGGGAUGCCCUACCCGCUCAUUAUUAAGCCGUGUAACGGCUGGAGCUCGGAGGGUGUGAGUCUUGUGCAUCAUAAGUCCGAGAUCCGGGCGGCCGUGGACUCGAUCGACAUUUCGCGGCACGGAACCGAGUUUGUGAUGGAACCGUACUGUGCCGGCCCCGAGGUCGAUGUCAACCUGGUGAUGCUUGACGGCGAACUUUUGUUCUUCGAGGUGUGUGAUGACAUGCCCAAGACGGCCGAAGACGAGGAUGAUUUUGAUGAUGAAGAAGACGGUACAACCAUCGACAGGCAUGGGCAUGUGAGCGGAGCCAGGAGUGAUUCCUCCCUCAACACGUUCAUCGAGAUGUGCAGCGUCUUCCCUUCGUCGCUGCCCCGGCGUGAGAUUGAAAUACUGCGCGAUUCCUUCCACGCCAGUCUCCUCCGGCUCGGAUUCCGAACCGGUAUGUUCCAUCUCGAAGGCCGGAUCCAAAACUCCACCACCGAAUACGCCUAUGACCACCAAAGGGGUGUUGUCGACCUGCGAAUCAAGUCUUCUCCUGAGCGGGAUGAAGCCCCUCAGGCAUGGCUCAUUGAAAUCAACCCCCGCCCGCCCGGCAUGAAGGGCAGCCUCGUGAUCGAGUCAACCUGGGGCGUCGACUACUGGGCCACCACCCUCCUGUCGGCUCUCCGCGAUGACGAGCGGCUGCGAGCGCUCUCCCAGCCCUUCGCCUCGGGCCCACAGUACACGUGUGCCAUGGUGUUCAUCCCGACCGAGUAUGACGCCGACCGGUGCGAGGGUAUCUUCGACUCGGACGAUAUCGUCGCCGAGCUGUUUGCGCGCCGGCCGGACCUCGCGAGACAUGUGAGUCGGAGUGGGUGUUUGGUGCAUCGGGGGCAGAAGAUUCCCCAUCCAGCGCGGGACGGGUACAAUUCAUUCCUGGCGUGGUUUAAUGUCUUUUCGCGGACUAGCAGGACCGAGACCCUGCGGCUGGCCGCGGAGAUCCGGAAGGAGGUGCGGUAUCAAUUUAGGUGA